AUGGGUGGGUGGUGAGCAUAUGCUUUCCAGGAUAUCCCAUCUGCCCUAUUAAUAAAGCUUUCAGCUGCACGGCAUUGUCAUUCAUUCCAUACAUAUAUACCUCUCUCUCAAAAAACUGUUCAUCAGAAAAAGAAAGAAACAACCAACCGACAAUGAGAUUCAGCACUAGUUUGAUCUUGAUCAAGCUUUUUGUAAUUCAGUACCUCUCAGUUCUUUGCGUUUCGCAGGACUUUGAUUUCUUCUACUUUGUUCAACAGUGGCCAGGAGCAUACUGUGACACCAAGCACACUUGCUGUUAUCCAAAGUCGGGAAAGCCUUCAGCAGAUUUUGGCAUUCAUGGGCUUUGGCCUAAUUACAAGGAUGGCUCCUACCCAUCUAACUGUGAUCCCGAUAGUGUUUUCGACAAAUCUGAAAUCUCAGAGCUAAUGAGCAACCUGGAAAAGAACUGGCCGUCACUAAGCUGCCCAAGCAGCAAUGGGUUCAGGUUCUGGUCCCAUGAAUGGGAAAAGCACGGUACAUGCUCAGAGUCAGAGCUUGACCAGAAAGAUUACUUUGAAGCGGCUCUCAAGCUCAAGCAAAAAGUUAACCUUCUGCAAAUCCUCAAAACAGCUGGGAUCGUACCAGAUGAUGGGAUGUACAGCUUGGAGAGCAUAAAAGAAGCCAUAAAAGAGGGUGCUGGGUACACCCCAGGGAUAGAGUGCAACAAAGAUUCGGCGGGAAACAGCCAACUGUACCAGGUUUACCUGUGCGUCGACACUUCCGGCCAAGACAUCAUUGAAUGCCCUGUGCUUCCUAAAGGACGAUGUGCUUCAGAUGUUCAAUUCGCUAAAUUCUAAUUAAUUAGUUAACAUCAGCUAAUACGCUCUUUAAUUGGUUCUUUUGUUUUUCUGUACUUAAUUAAUUGUACCUAUCUUUUCUGCGUCAAAUAAAUUUCUAUGACUCAUGAGUCAUGUUGGUAAUAAAUCUUUAUAAAAUAUUACUUUCUCUA